AUGCUGCAGAGCCCGGCGUGCCCCCGGCCCGGGCCGCCGCCCGCCAAGACCCCGUUCCACAUCGAAGCGCUGCUGGCCCGGGAGCCGCCGCGCCGCGGCCCCGCCGCCCCCGCGAGCCCCGGGCCGCCCGCCCCGCGCUGGCCCCCGGCGGGACCCGCAGCCGGGCCGGCCCCGGCGGCUGCAGCGGGGCUGGGGCCGCUGCCCGGAGCCGCAGCGUGGGGCUGGCCCUGGCCCUGGCCCGGCGCAGGUCUGGAGUUGUCUCACUGCGUGGGGACCACCCCGCUGGGUCCCGCGGGGCCUUGGCGGUCGGGGGGGCCCUGCAAGAUGAAGAGAGUGCGCACGGUCUUCAAACCAGAGCAGCUGGAGCGGCUGGAGCAGGAGUUCCUCAAGCAGCAGUACAUGGUGGGCACGGAGAGGGUGGACCUGGCUGCAACUCUGCAUCUCACAGAGACCCAGGUGAAAGUCUGGUUCCAGAACCGGAGGAUCAAGUGGAGGAAGCAGAGCAUGGAGCAGAAGGCGGCAAAGCUGUCGCAGUUCGGGGUGAUCCAGCCUGCAAGCGCCGACUCCACCGACAGCAAGGACCACGAGGAGGACCCCGUGGACGUGGAGCUUUGA